CUGAACGUGGCUGAAGGUGGAAGGAAACCAACGGAUGCCUCCUGUGUUGCAGGACGUGAGCCGCACAGCUGCGCCCACUGCCUGGGAAUCGAUGUCGCGACACAGCUUGGAGAGCUCCGAGAGGGAAGAGUUUCCAGCCACGCAAUGCUAUGGAGCCAUGGAUGCCAUGGACGGCGAUUUCCUGGAUUCAGAUGCACCAGGUGCACUUGAAUCCUUCAAUGCGACUCAGGCCUAUGAUUUCGAAAGUCAUGAGAGUGACAACAUCUUGGCAACGCAGGUCUAUUUGGACGACAUCGAUGCCGGUGCAGAUACACUCCAAUACAGCGACAUGAGCGUUCUUCAGAAUGAGACAGGAGUUGACGAUUCUGAUCCUCCAGAAAUCUUGAAUGAGGCUGAGCUGAUGGCAACGCAGGCAUAUGCAGAAGAUGACCUGGUCCAGGCUGAGGAUGCCGAGGAUGAGAGCAAUGAAAAGGAGGCCGGGCAAUCUAUGCGAGCCAAAGCUUCUGAGGCAAUUCCUUUUGCAGGACCUCGAGAACCUUGUGACAUGCCACCGCCAAUGGUGCCAGAUCGCAAAAGAAAGAGAGAUGAACCAAGCGAAGCAAACUGCGAAACAAAGCUCAGUUUGCCGGACCAGAACCUCCGGACAGCUGUAGCAACUCCUGUAAGGAGUCCAAGGCCAGCAUCACAUGAGGUUCUUCAUGUGGAGGACUCACCUCUCAAACCUGAAAGGACAGGUCCCAAGAGACGACGCUUGUAUGGCAAACAGCCACCGCCCUUUCCAAAUCCAUUUUUGCCCCCUCCACGCCUACCGGGCCGAGUGGGCCUACUGGGCCUGCCAGAAGUAGAAGUGAAAGGGAGGCAAGUGAAGGCAGCGAAGGCCUCAAGGGCGAGAAAAGCCACAAGUCGAAAGAGGCAGAAAGUUUACUUUGCAGUCACUGGAUUUGUCUUGGACAGAGUCAAACGUGACAAGCUUGAAAAGAUCCCUGGUGUGGUGGUUUUGGACGAAUGGUCUUCAAAGGUUACACAUGUCAUUGCCAAAGGCUUUCGACGGACAACCAAGCUCAUGUGUGCCGUGUGCGCCGGCCUUCAUAUUGUGGUUCCAGAGUUCAUUGAUAAGUGCAUUAAAGCAGGAGAUGUGAUAGAUGAGGAGGCAUUCCUGCUGCGAGAUGAAAUUUCUGAGGCUACCUUUGCAGAAAAGCAUCAGUUACCGAUCUACUCACUGCAGACAGCUGUACAACAGGCUCGCAUUGAGGGAGCUUUGCUACGCAACAAGUCUGUGUAUUGGAUAGAUGGCAGUGCUGCAGAGAGGGAGGAGCUAAGGCUCCUAGUAGAGGCAGCUGGUGGCCGAUGGCUGAAGAGGAAACCACGAAAGCCACCUGCAGCGGAGGCAGUGGUGGCCACAGCUCCAAAGUCGCUGUGGCUUGGAAAGGAUUUUGAUCCUGAGUUGCUGAGAGAAGCUGCGUGCACUCAGGUGCUGCGCUGGGAGACCUAUAGGUUGUGAAUCAUACAAAGUACUUGUAUCAAUCAAGUGAUCUGAUGUGAUCUGAUUUGAUGUGAUUUCAUGAUCUUGGGAAUGGCUGUGAAACGUUGUGAAUUGCAAUUCAGAAAGGCUGUCAAUUAGCUGUGUGUCCAGCUGUGGGGUGAAGCCUUAGAAGGCGAUGACUCGAUUCGCCGGUGAUCAAAA